GCUCACAAGACCUCCCAUAUCACUGUAUGAAAAAGACCUAGUAUUCCCUUUGGCAUAACCAGACUCCCAUGUAACAUUUGGGAUUUUAAUCAGGCAGUAAACUGAACAGCUAUGGUGCAGUGUGAGACGACAGGAGAGGACAAGCAGAGAGCCGAAGAGGUGACAGUGGAGGAAGAGGACAGCAGACAAAGCGCUGGUUAUGUUUGGGUUAAUGUUUAGCCUGAGGACGGGCAGCUCAUGGCCCUGCAGCCAUCUGUGCCGGCUGGGCGGUCUGCUGCUGCCUCCGCUCUCCAGGAACAACUCGUCUAAAAUGUCGUCGGACUCCCACUGGCUCACUCCUGCAGACCGGGAGGAGCUGGUGAUGGAGCUCAGGGCCACUGGCUGGAUGGAGGUGGAGGACCGCGAUGCCAUCUUCAAAGAGCUUCACUUUAAAACCUUUAAUCAGGCAUUUGGCUUCAUGUCUCGGGUGGCUCUGCAGGCAGAGAAGAUGAACCAUCACCCAGAAUGGUUCAAUGUUUAUAAUAAGGUCCAGAUUACAUUGACUACACACGACUGUGGAGGACUGUCAAAACGGGACAUCAAAAUGGCAAAGUUUAUCGACAAAAUCUCACUUUCUAUGUAGUAUAUUUGGUGUUAAUCUAAAAGUUUAAUUUCUCUUUCUCAGUUUUUCUAGUUUCCCUUUCAGUCCCAGCUAAGAAAUGUAUUUUAUCUCCUACAUGUCCAUAUCUUGCCUUUACUUUUGUCUCAAAUAAAAUCUGUGAAAAUAU